GAUGAAGAUCGUCUACCUUUUGGGUCUCUGCAUUCUCAUUGCAUCAGCAUUUUCAUUAACUUUGGCUGAGGAUUUUGAUGAAGAUGAUGAUGACGGAGUAGUUGAGGAUGAAGAGGAAGUAAAAGAACCUGUGGUAGUAAAAGAAAGACCUCUGUAUGUCAAGCCCGAACCUAGUGGAUCUACUCAUUUCUUUGAGCCGUUUGACUCCAGGGCAGAUUUCCUGAAAAGGUGGGUUCUGUCUCAAGCCAAGAAAGAUGGAGCUGAGGAUCACCUUGCCAAAUAUGAUGGCAAGUGGGCUGUCGAAGAGCCAAAGGAUAACCCAAUUGAUGGAGAUUUGAGCUUGAUUCUCAAGUCCAAAGCCAAGCACCAUGCCAUUUCUGCCAAGCUCGACAAGCCUUAUGAGUUCAACGGGAAGCCGUUUAUUGCUCAGUAUGAAGUGAGGUUCCAGAAUGGCAUAGAUUGUGGCGGAGCAUACAUCAAACUUCUGUCAAAAUCAGAUCAGUUGAAUCUGAGAACAUUUACAGACAAGACUCCGUACACCAUUAUGUUUGGACCAGACAAGUGUGGCAAUGACCAUAAGUUGCAUUUCAUUUUCCGACACAAGAACCCCAAGACUGGUGUCAUCGAGGAGAAACAUGCAGAAAAACCAACAGCCAAGCUUGAUAGCUUCUUCACUGACAGAAAGACCCAUCUGUACACCCUAACUAUCAACCCAGAUAAUACGUACGAGGUGAAGGUUGAUAAUGGUGUUGUGGCAACUGGAGACUUGCUGACCAACUUCAGUCCACCAGUCAAUCCACCGCAGGAGAUAGAAGAUCCCAAUGACAAGAAACCAGCAGAUUGGGACGACAGAGAGAAAAUUCCAGAUCCAGAUGCCAAGAAGCCUGAUGAUUGGGAUGAGUCUCAGCCGGCUACCAUUGUAGACGAGGAUGCUGUGAUGCCAGACGGCUGGUUGGAGGAUGAAGAGGUCUACAUACCCGACCCAUCAGCUGUCAAGCCAGAAGAUUGGGAUGAUGAGAUGGACGGAGAGUGGGAGGCACCUCGUAUUGACAACCCCAAGUGCAAAGAUGGCCCCGGCUGUGGCAAGUGGGAGAAGCCAACCAUUCCCAACCCCAAGUUCAAGGGUACCUGGCGAGGAGAGUGGAAACCCAGGCGUAUCCCUAAUCCUGAUUACUUCGAGGACAAGAAUCCCUACAAGAUGACACCAAUUGAAGCUAUAGGGUUAGAGCUGUGGUCGAUGACUGAUGACAUCAUGUUUGAUAACUUCCUCAUUGGUGAUAAUGUGUCAGUUAUCGAAGAGAUAACAGCCCUGACUUGGGAGGUGAAGAACACCCAGGAGAGAGCAGCCUCAUCCGCAGGGGGGUGGUGGAAUGCAAUCAGGAGCUCUACCGACGAGAGACCAUGGCUGUGGGCCGUGUAUGCUGUAGUGCUGCUGUUGCCUGUUGUGCUGUUGUCCUUCUGGCUGUGUCCCAGAUCAGGACCUAUCAAG